AUGCCUUCGUCUACCUCAAUUUCCAAGACUGGACUCAACGAUGACAACGUCAUCUUUGCCGCUAAUGAGGAUGAGGUUCAGCGCCUCGACAAGCAGCACAAAGUGGUCUACUCUGCAAUACCUCAGCUGUUCCUCGCACCCAUAGACCUUGCCGAAGGCUGGUUACGGGUCUUGGACCAAGCUACUGGUAGUGGUAGCUAUCUCCGAGCCGAAGAACUGUUCAAAGCUAACGAAGAGAGCUAUUUCCCAAAAGAGACUCCAAACGACACCUCGUACCAUCACCAGACCAUGAACGAGCCGUGGCCGCUAAAAUGGCAAGGAACGUUCGAUCUAGUGCACUCACGUAUGGCACUUCCGGGCGUCGGUCUCAGCUCACUGGACGAUGCUGUCAUGAACCUAGUCAAAUUGGACUGGGGUGCCGGUCCAGUGCUUCAACAAUUUCAACAGGCCAUGCGGCAGCUUGUGGGCAUGGUCACCAACGGACAGGGCGUGGACAUGAGGGAGGGCCCGACGGCAUUGGUCGAGAAGGCGGGUCUAACGAAAGUGCAACACGCCAUCUUCGCUGUACCAGCAGGAGUCAAGGCAAAGGAGAAUGUGCGUGAGCUUAGCUUGCAAAGUAUGUUUGCGACAGCUUCGUUGGCCACGGUCACGCUCAAGAAACUACAGCCGGUUGAGCUUAAGGCAAACAUCGACUCAUUGUCCGCUAGACUUGUGGGAGAGCUCGGCAAGACAGGCGGAUCUUACAAUCUGUUUGCUCUCUGGGUCCGGAUGCCUGGGUUUUGUUGA